GAGCUCCGGCCACGAGUCGUAUACCUAGUUGUACCCUGAUGGCAGGAACUAUUGAAGCCUCGGUGACGUCCCACAUCGUGGCAUUGCUGAUGGAACCCCAUCGUACGUUCAGCGCCUAAACAUCUCUCUUCAUCUCUUCCCCUCUAUCCAUCCUUCCUUUGGAGAUCCUCACCUAUGUCUUGUCCCCACUAUGCUCCCCAUGUUGGACUGACACUGGCCGCCGAGCUGUACGCUACUCCAUGUGGAAGUUCCGGUGGUUGCUACGCCGUCCGCCGGUGUAAACGAGUGACAAUCGUCACCAACGCCUCCUCUUAGGACGGCGCGGUCUACGCCGACACUCUUCUCGCUGUUAAGUAUUGGGAAAGGGUCAGAACAUCGCCUCUUCUUCUAUCCACCACCAUCCAUCUAUUUCCUCCCCAGCCACCCCGCCUGGACCACUACAUGAUUUCUGGAGCUGGCCGUCUACGUCCCUUCGGUCCUUCGCCGCCGCCCUCCGCCAACAUCUCCUGCCGUAACGAUGUGACCCGAAAGGCCCUCCUCAUCGGUGUGAGCUACACUCUGGAAGAGUUUGCGUCGGGGAAGGAAGACCAGAUGGAGGGCACCCAUACGGAUGUUGAUAAAUUUCGUGACCUCCUCAUAGGCACUAUGUAUUUUGACAAGGGCGACAUCGUUGUCAUGACCGACGCUCUUAAGACUCCCCGCGACCUUUGGCCUACCAAAGUAAACAUCGAGAGAGAAAUUCAUCGUUUUGUCCAAGGUGCUUCCCCUGGUGACAUACAUUUUAUUUUCUACGGAGGCCACGGACAUCAAAAGCCCAACUUCGACAGCACUGAAGCCGACAAGAAAGAUGAACACAUCGUUCCUUGUGACGCCGUCGGUCCCAAGGGAUUUAUUGAGGACAAGAUGAUCAUUGACGACGUCCUCAAGGAAAUCCUGGUCAUGCCUCUGGCUGCUGCUGGCUCUAAACUUACUGCUGUUUUCGACUGCUGCCACAGCGGCACCGUUCUUGACCUCUGCCACUACCGCUGCAAUGAUUGCACGUCAUGGACAAAGACUGUCCGCCAUUUGUACAGAUACAUCGUCUCCGAUGCCGCUGUGAAUUUGGGCCUCCUCGGCCCCCGUGCAGUCAAUAAGCUGAUAACUGCCUCACAUUUGGACCCAUAUAUCAAGGAUUGCAAAGGGUUUUGCUUGGUUCGGAAGCGCAAAGGACAAGGAUAUGUCGUGUGCAUCUCUGCAUGCAGAGACGAGGAAAUAGCAUGGGGAGGAAAGAAGGGAGGGUCGCUGACUAGAGCGAUAAUGUCAGCAAUGGAAGCCAAUCCCGAACCCACCUUAGAGGAGCUCAACGUAUCGAUUGACGCUACUGUCAAGGUCUACGCCAAAAGUGUAGAGCAACGAAGGAAGAAGGAGGAGCAGAACCUUCCAAAGAUUGUUCAGCACCCUCAAUUCUCCAGUCUUUGGCCGUUGGAUAUGAAGCAGCGUUUCUUGCGUUGAAUCGCGCUUAUGGCGAGCUUCAUAAGCCAUUUUCCCAUACUUUGAGUGGUUUCUUUGCUUUCGUUCGACGUAUUUGAUUUAGUAUACGCAUAAACCACUGUCUCCCUUUGUUUUCUGGAUUUACGUUUUCCCUGCUUUCUUUGCACCCGUAUUCAUUUCUGUUACCAGUCCCCAUAGUCGCAUUCUCAAUGUAUACCGUAGGAUGUAUCCUUAGUUUUCCUUUCUGAAUUCCAUCAGGCGUCGACCCCGCUGUGACCAUUGAAUUCAUUUUUAUAGGCGGUGGAGAAUGAAGACAUCAUUUCAGU